UAAAUACAUAAAAUACAAUCUUUCAAAGUAGUUUGUUACAAAUUAUAUGUUAUUUUUUUCCUGUCUAGCAAAAUACAAAUUGCAGAAAACUCAGAAGUAAUGAAAUACAUAUUUUAAAUACAUUUAACUGAAAUUCUGCCCAUUUCUGACUGUGACUGCAUACAGUAUGUAUCCGCAUGUGUAGGCCUACAUAUCACCUCUGCCUGGUUGUUGUAAUGUCAUUGCACUGCAGAUAAAAUUCAAGUUUUCUUCCAAAUAACAACAGACAAAGGUUUAUCUACCAGACACUGUGUUUUCCUUCUUUAGAUAAUCAGCACUCGGAUGCGGAUAUAUCAAAGUUUUCUUCCUCUUAGCAUCCAUCAUCAUAUAUUUGCACUUUAUUUAAAGAUCUACUUUAUUCAGUGUUAUAUAUAUUAAUUUUGGUUUUAUUGACGGUUGGCGUUGUGGUGCAGUUUAAAAAUACAUUGCAUAAAUUAAUCAUUCUACUAAUAAUAUGAUUUAUUAUGUAUAUAUACAAUUGCACAGAUCCUUCGGAAAAAAAAAAUCUAUGGACAAUCUUUAGCAUUAAAAACUGCCAGAGUCAUCGUGGACCAGUGAGGUCAAAGCUGGUCAUGUGAUUAACCGAUCACUGUUCAAGCCUUGGGUCACAUAAGGAGGAAGUUCUGCUGUAACUCCUAAGGGCAUCUCUCAAAGAAGGAAACUGCUCUACACAUUCAUCCUGUAUCAUAUCCCAUUAAUCAUGCGGAAGUCAGCGAACUGACUGCAUUACUUUAAUCGUUAUGUUAUGUAAGAGUUGUUUCACAGAAGCAGAGAACGUCUAAUUCAAAGUUCAGGAGAGCUUGGAGACAAAACAGGAGAUGAGGGGAAGAGGAGGAGAGAGUGAGAGAGACCCAGGGCCUUCAGCCUAUUAGCAGGUAAAGCUUACUACUAUUACUCCCUCUUAAUCCCUCUAUAAAAUCUCCUCUAAGGAAGACAAGCGGCAGCACACUUCCAGAAUAAAACAGAGCACCUGCAUGAAGACUCAGGGGGAUCCUCUUAACGUUCAGACAGCAAAAAUACAGGAGUAAGAGGCAGGCUGGAGCAUUAACUCUGAAGACACUUGGAGAGCAGCGGGGCCCCAUCAGAAGAGGCCACCCCAUCAGCUGUGCUUCUCUCCAUUGUAGCAGGACCAUCUACACCUGAUGCUGGCUUUCUUAACGUGUCUGACAGCUUGUGUGGAAUUCCAAGGAGUUCAAUAUUUCUAAAAUUCCAAACUUAACUUCCCAUGGAAAGUUUUUGGAAAGUUACAAGAAAUUUUACACCCCUUUGCAACCCUAACUGCAAUGGACUGGCACCCAUCCACGGUUUCCCCAGCCUCGUUCCCUCGUUAAAUAUGCCUUGUGGAAGGGCUGCACCCCCUGCCGUGGUGAUUGGUACUUGAGUAUUACUAGGAAGCAAUAUUUUACCAUAAUGUGCCUUGUGCCCUAUUUUAUUGUAAUGUCAUCAUCAUAAUUAAAAAAACAGGGUGAUUAUAAUCUAAGCUAAAUGAUCUGUUUUAGUGUUAAAUCAGCAUAUAAUCAUAUUUCAAAUGGUCUUCGAAUCUUUUCCAUUGUGACAUUGGCUCACGUCCACAUUCUAAGCUUUGUUUCCACCUAAAUGGUCAGGAACUGUUUAGGAUGCAGACUGUGCCAGGGUCCUUGGACUGUGCAUGACCACAGGAGCCAGAUGGCACAUAUCCAUACCCCGGCUACGGAGGACCCCCACCUGGGCUUGGGUCUGCUCGAUGACUCCUCAGAAGUGUCCAUUUCCCAGGAUGAAUCGGAUUCAGGGAGCCUGCUCUCUGAUUAUUCGAUCCUCCCUGAUUAUGAGCGGGCAAAGCACUGGUCCUGCCCUGGGACUACACUCUAUGAGGCCUGUGCCAGGAACGAAGCCUUGACGGUACGCAGAGUCCUGGAGAGGGGUGUCACCCAGGCGGAGGUCAUGGAGCUUGACAUCAAUGGCAGGAAUGGUCUGAUGUUGGCGGCUUGCGAGGGCUUUGUGGACAUUGUGUUAGAACUGUACCACUGUCCCUUCCUGGAUGUGAACCAUCGGGACAACGACGGCAACACAGCACUCAUGAUGGCAUCACAGGCAGGUUUCAUCACUAUUGUGAAUUACAUCCUGAACUACUUCUCCGGCGUGGACUUGGAGGUCAGGGAUACCCGGGGCUUCACCGCUCUUAUCAAGGCAGCCAUGCAGGGCCGUGACGACUGUGUGACAGCGCUGGUCAUGGCCGGAGCCAAUGUGAAUGCCGUAGACACAGCAAAGGGAAGGAUCGCUGAGGACUGGGCGCUAAAGACCGGUCGUUUUGAAACAUUCCAGAAACUCCGGCGCCUGAUGACCCAGCCCUGUGCGGAACAGUUCUGUGAAAGAUACACCCCAGAGUGGGCAGAUCUGAAUGAGCUGGUAGCCAAGGCAACAGCAGCCAAGACGAAGGGAGAACAGCUCGCCCAGUUCCUGCAGUCCACCUUCACCAUCAGCUUUCCCAGGGAUCCCCAGGACAACGGCGUGUUGGACCACAUGGUCCGCAUCACCACCAGCAUUCACAGUCCGUUGGUGGUCACCGGGUGCCGCCCACUCCAUCUCACCAGCCCCCCAGAGGUGGGAAAGAGGCGUAUGGCAGGACCAGAACUGGCACAGCAGUCCACAAAGAGCAAGCAGAGAGAGCCGUCAUUAAUUUCCGCCAUGGAGUCUCCUGUCAGCUCUACUUCCUCCAUCCCCUUGACCUCCAGCAGUUCAGACACUCAGCCAAAUGUCCUUAGGUUCUCCAUAGCCUGCAGCAGUGUACGGAGCUACCUCCCGCGUCACCUUGGGCGCCAUAACAGCAUCUUCCCCACCAGUUCCAUCCCUCAGAUCAAGGUGAUAAAGUCAGGGGAACGCACACCCAAGAAGGAGAAAAAGAAGAAAAUGUCCAAACGCCACCUGAAGCCACCUGUGUGGAAGUACAAGGAGGCCAAGGAGAAGGAGGAGAAAGAGAGGCUCAAUGUAGAGCAAGAGGCGCUAAUCAAAGAAAAGAACCAUAAGACCCAGAGGACAGAGAAGGUGAAGCACUGAGUCCAAACAGGCGUCAACAACGAAGACGCCCAGUAUAAUGCGGGGAGAUUAAAACACAAGACUUAGUAUCACCGGAGCAUUGGCUUUUUCUAGAAGCUAAUCUCCCACUAUU